AUGAAUGACAAACCUUAUGCCUCCUUAGUAGGCAAUCUUAUGUAUGCACUAGUCUGCACUAGACUUGACAUAGCCUUUCCUAUUAGAGUGCAAGGUAGAUUUCAAUCUAAUCCUGGACAAGAUCAUAGGAUUGCAGGCAAGAAAAUGUUGAGAUAUUUACAGAGAACCAAAGAUUACAAUUUGGUUUUAAGAAGAAGCAAUAAUUUGAAAUUAGAAGGUUUUGCAUAUGCUGAUUUUGUAGGUUAUAAGGAUGAUCUCAAAUCAACAUCACGGUAUGUGUUCAUAUUUGCAUGUGCUGCUGUAUCAUGGAGAAGUAUCAAGCAGCUUCUCACAGUUGCAUCCACAAUGUUAGCAGAAUUCUUCGCCUCUUAUGAGGCUAUUUCUCAAGCUAUGUGGUUAAAGAAUUUUAUCACUAGAUUGAGUGUCGCUAAGGGAACAAAAGGACAAAUGCUUCCAGAAAAGAUAAGAGAUGGGUACACUGGUUCGGAACACAUCAAUACAACAGAUAUGACUGCAGAUCCUCUUACUAAAGGACUGGCAGUAAAGCCAGCAAUUGAUGUAGCUGCGAUGGUACAGUAUAUUCAUGGCAUUUGUUCAAUUUUAACUAGACAUUGGCAGUCAUUUAGGGGACUAUGA